UGAAAAUUGUGACGAUGUGUCGUCAGUUGUAGGCCUACACGCUGUAAACUUGUGAUCUGAGGAGGUCAGGAAAUUUGUCCUGUGAUGGUUGGAUGGUGACAAAAUUAUGUCUAUGGCUACCAUGGAAACCGCUGGACGGAAUGGGGUGUUUAAGAAGAGUGUCGUGAACGGCAAUGUUACAGUUGUUGACCAAAUGAAAAACGGCCUUGUAUCCCAAGUUACGAGAUCUCGGGUAAAAUUCGCUGAGCAGACGAUGAAACUGAAAGACAGAUCGGCAAGGAUAAGUAACGGACGACUAAAACCCAAACAGAUGUCUGUUAAAUCAACACAGACCGCGUCCGGUGGAUUUCACGUGCACGAACCUGAGCACAAUGGCUAUGGCUCGGAUAUGCCUGACCGUGACAACAUCCCUCAGUCACAAUUGGUUUAUGCCCCACCGUCCAGAUUGAAAAAGUAUUUGGUCGCUCUUCGUCCUUGGUCUUUAUCUGCCAGUUUCACUCCUGUUUCUCUCGGAUUUGUACUGGCCCACAAAACUGUUGGUGAAUUCAGCAUCUGUCUGUAUGUAAUCACAUGCCUCACGGCGCUAUCAGUGCACGCUGCUGGAAAUCUUGUGAACACAUAUUUUGACUUUUGCAAAGGUGUAGAUAGCAAGAAGAGCGACGACAGAACACUGGUAGAUAGGAUACUGCACCCAAAUGAUGUCGCCAAAUUUGGAGCAUUCUUUUAUGUUAUGGGAUGUGUUGGAUUUCUACUUCUCACUUGGAUGUCGCCGUCAAAGCUUGAGCAUGGUGCUUUGCUGUAUUUCGGUGGGCUGUCCAGCAGCUUUCUCUAUACAGGUGGUUUGGGGUUAAAGUACAUUGCUUUGGGAGACAUCGCUAUAUUUCUCACAUUUGGACCACUGACUGUGAUGUUCUCAUACUUGGCACAAGCUGGGGAGUUGUCAUUCGUGCCACUGAUUUACGCCAUUCCUCUAGCUCUGAACACAGAAGCAGUUCUUCAUGCCAAUAAUAGUCGGGAUAUGGACACAGAUAGAGAGGCAGGAAUCAUCACAUUUGCCAUCUUGAUCGGCCCGACUUUAUCAUACAUUGUCUUUGUGCUGCUGUUGUUUGUGCCUUACAUCUGUUUUGUUUUGAUGGGUGUGCAUUGUUCAGCUUGGAUGUUUCUGCCUGUGGUUUCUAUUCCAAAAGCAUUCGAGGCUGAGCGAUUGUUUCGUGAACAUAAGAUGAGGCAUCUGCCUCAGCAUGUCGCCAAGCUGAACCUUGCUUUAGGAGUUCUAUAUACUAUCAGCUGUUUUGCAGCAAAGAAAGGAGUUUUACCUCACCUUUGAUAAAAUCACAGUUUAUAUAAUUAAUGCUGGAUUAAUGAAAAUUGUUAUGUGUAAAAUCUCCAAUAUGUUUUGUUGAUGUGUUACAAAUUCUUUAUCUGUAUGCAUUGUUGUAAUAUUGUAAUCUUGGUUGGUUGUAAAUUUGUUGUAAAAUUUGCAUUUUACAGUCAAAAAUAGUAUCAAUUCAUGGCUGAGUCAUUUAUUAUUAUGUAAAAUUAUCUCUUGUUGUAGAUCGCUUGUUAGAGAUCGUUUAUUAGUCAAUUGUUGAAUACAUAUUGGCUGUAAUAAUGUUAUAUAUAUGUGGAUAACUGUUUUGGAUCAGUUAUUGAUGGGUAUUCUCUGCCCUUAAGCUAGGCAUAGGUUGACUGGAGAUCCUAAGUUUCUGGCUCUCACUUGGCAAAGGAGAAGUAUCCGUAACACUUUAAUGUCAAAAAUUUCAAGAAAGCCGUGUGUUUGUGAGCAUCAGGUGGUGGCUAGCCAGAUUCAGUGUGUUCGCGCACAUGCCAACUUCAUGAUGAGAUGACAUCUGCCAUCUCUGGUGUGGCAACGUGACAGUGAUGUGACCGGUUGCAUGUGAAGCAUCGCAACAAUGUGCAAACUCUGAUUAACUGGUGGAUGAACCUGGAAUUCUGGAUACUACUGGAUGCUUUAAGUUGCAGAAAAGUAGAGCAUGUUCAGUUCAGAACAACUGCGCGUAACAAAAGGAUCUAUGAUCGUCAUCCAACAACCUGAUAAAUGUACUUUGCAGUUAUUUAUAAACAAAUCAUGCUAUGAUUACACUGAUUAGUUUGAUUUCUAAUUUAUAUUGCAUGUAUACAUGCUUGUAGAAUAAUGAUAAUAGAUAUAAUUUGUAGUUUGUCACAAAAUGUAUUUAAUGAAGAGUUUAUUGAUGCAAAUAAUUUGUACACGUAACAGUUUCAUUUUCAUAAGAUACGUUCAGGUAUAUGACACUCACCUGACUUUAAACAUCAGUUCUUGUACUGUAUGUGUAAAUCAUUUUAUAAUUAUGUCUAGACAUGGUACGGAGGCCAUCUUUAAAAAAUGUUUGUUUCUUGGAACCUUACAGUACCUGUCCAUCAAAAAGACCCAAGUGAAGUUUUUGGUGAACUUCCCUUCAGAAACCUUAACAUUUUUUUUCAUUUUCAGAGCUGUUUGCCUUCAGUGCAAAAUUUUUUUGGAUAGAAUCUGAUUACGUGAAAUAAAUUUUUAAUAUGG